AUGGGCAAAAAUCAAAAUACCAGUUCCGAAGAUGGCAGCGCGUUUAAUUUAUCAAAAAGAGAAAGCAAGAAAUAUUUAAUGGCUGAUACUUCUUUGCAAUCUAUUGAGCUGAACGACGAUGAGAAUACCAGUGGUGGGUUAUAUCAUCGCAUCACUAAUCAGGGAAAGGAUUCUACGGUUACAAGCUCAGUUGAUGACGGAGUAACCUAUGAAGCCAUCAUGGCAAAGUACACAGUAUCACAAAAGGCUUCCGAUAACAUGGACAAGGAUGCUAUGGCCUCACAAAAAGACCUUGAUGAAAUUCAUACUAUGGUUUAUUGCAAACCCCUGAAAUUCAACUGGUUCUUGUUCUUCCUUUAUUAUUUGUUGGCAGUAUGCUCUCUUGGAUUGUUGUUACUUCUUUCCAGAUGGUAUGUGUGGCUGAGAGAUCGAAUGAUUCAUUGGGAAUGUUCAAAUGCCGAAGCUGACAUUGUGUUAAUCAAGAGUAGCACUGGAGCGUUGACAACCUGUAAAGUCAAAAAACAUGAUUUGAGUUCUCAUUCAAAUGGGUCACAAGAAACAAGUAUAAGAAUAUUCACAUAUCGUUACGUGAAAUAUAUUUAUGACGUUACUGAGGAUAAAUUUAAAAGAUUGCAAUUUAACACAUCUCUCCCAUAUACUACUAUCCAUAAUGAAAUGUCUUCAGGAUUGUCUUCACAAACAAGAAAAUUAAGAAGAAUACUUUUUGGAAAAAACUUGAUUGACAUUCCAGUGAAAAAUAUUGUUUCAUUGUUGUUGGACGAAGUAUUGCAUCCUUUUUACAUUUUCCAAAUUAUUUCUGUUAUUAUUUGGUUAGCUGACGAAUAUUGGUCUUAUUCUUGCUGUAUUAUUGUUUCUGCAGUUUGUUCAAUCAUUUUCAGUUUAAUUGAGACCAGAAGAAACCUGAUGAAAUUAAGAAACAUGGCUCACUACACGUGUGAACUAGAACGAGUCAACAAAGUUGGAAGUACUGAAAACGUUUCUUCUGAAGAGCUUGUUCCUGGUGACGUCAUUGUAUUAAGUGACGGCAUUCUCCUGCCCUGUGACGUUUUGUUACUGUCAGGACAAUGCAUUUUGAAUGAGGCUAUGUUGACAGGAGAAAGUAUUCCAGUCGUAAAAACCCCUUUACCCAACGAAGGAAGCGCGAAUUAUUCUGUGGAUGCUGAUAAAUCCAACACUCUCUAUUCUGGUACUCAUAUUGUACAGACCCGUAAAAUGGGAGAUGAGAAAGUUUUGGGAAUGGUUUGUAGAACAGGAUUUGACACAGCAAAGGGAAAAUUAAUGUUGUCUAUCCUCUUUCCCAAACCUUCUUCAUUCAAAUUCUAUAGAGACUCACUCAACUUUAUUGGUGUCAUGUUUAUUAUUGGAAUGAUUGGUAUUCUGUACUCGAUAGUUAAGCUUGCCCUGUCAGGAGUUCCAUGGGACAAUAUUGUGUUAAGAGCUUUGGAUGUUAUCACAAUUACGGUACCUCCUGCAUUACCUGUGGCAAUGACCACUGGUAUGUCGUUCGCGGUUGCCAGACUUAAAAAAUCUAAGAUCUUUUGCAUUUCUCCUCAAAGAGUUAAUGUUGCAGGUAUGAUCAAACUCAUGUGCUUUGACAAGACAGGAACUAUCACCACCGAGGGUCUAGAUCUCUAUGGUGUUCGUCCAAUGGAGGGAGAUGAGUUUUCAGAAUUAAUUACAGAAGAGUGUGUAGCUAACGAUUUUUCUGAUUAUGCCAACCUUUCUGAAAAGAAGAAGCUUAUACUUUACUCCAUGGCAUCAUGCCACUCGUUGACAUAUGUAAACUUUGAAUUAGUUGGAGAUCCUUUAGAAGUUAAAAUUUUCGAGGCCACCAAAUGGAAACUUAAGGAACCUAAGGCUUCUGAUUACAUGUUUGAAUCCGUAAUUCCAACAGUAGUACAUCCACCUCAUCAUAAUCAUCACAAACAAGAACUUUCAGAGGUAGAGGUUCAAGAAAUUGAUAUUACCAAUCUUCCUUUUGAACUUGGUAUUUUGAAGAAAUUUGAAUUCAAAUCUUCCCUUCAAAGAAUGUCGGUGAUAGUUAAAAAUCUUCAAGACAGCAAGACCUAUGGUUUUGUGAAAGGCUCUCCAGAAAUGAUGCAAAAGUUAUGUAUUCCUGAAACGCUACCAGCUAAUUACUCCAAAGUGCUUUAUGAAUAUGCACAUAAGGGCUAUCGUGUCAUCAGUGUUGGAUACCGAGAACUUUCACAACCUUGGAAGGCCCUCCAAAAGGCAUCUAGAGAAGAGAUCGAGUGUGAUUUGACAUUCAUUGGAUUUAUUUGUAUGCAAAACAAGUUGAAGCCAGAUUCAAAGAAAGUUAUUCACUCAUUGUCAAAUGCUGGUAUCAAAAGCGUAAUGGUUACUGGUGACAAUGCAUUCACAGCCAUUAGCGUUUCCAGGCAAUGUGGAAUUGCUCACUCUAUUGGAAAAGUGUUUUUGGGAGAGCUCAAAGAAACAGAUUAUGGAUCUUCCAAUCAACAAUAUAUUGAUUGGAAAGAUGUUGAUGGUGAAGAUAGAUUGGAUCCAGAAACUUUAUUGCCAGAAAAUCCAAACGUGGGAUAUGACUAUGAGCUAGCAAUCACAGGCAGUGUGUUUGAAAGGCUAGUUAAGGAACAUACUUUCAAACUGGAAAUGACUGGAAGUACAAAAUAUGUUAAUGUUGAAAAGCCUUCCGUAUUUCAUAGAAUGCUAUUAAUGUGUAAAAUUUUUGCUAGAUUCACACCAGAUCAGAAGAUGAGACUUGUUGAAGAAUUUCAAAAGUUAGAAUAUUUUGUUGGAAUGUGUGGAGAUGGAGCAAACGAUGCAGGAGCCCUAAAGGCUGCUCAUGUUGGUGUCUCAUUGAGUGAGGCUGAAGCUUCUAUUGCAGCACCAUUUACUAGUUUGAAACCUACCAUUGCGUGUGUGCCACAAGUGAUUAAGGAAGGAAAAGCUGCUUUGGCAACCAGUUUCCAAAUGUUCAAAUUCAUGAUGUGCUACAGUUUAAUUCAAUUCUUUACAGUAGUCUUACUCUAUGACAUUAAUAGCAAUCUUGGAGAUAAUCAAUUUUUAUGGGUUGAUGGCUUGGUCAUUUUCACCAUGGCGCUGCUUAUGGGAAGAACGGGAGCGAACAAGAAAUUAGUGAAAAACAAACCUUCGGCGUCACUUGUUUCUCGAGAAGUGUUUGUUUCUAUGGGUUUCCAAUUUUUCCUUUCUGUCAUUUUCCAAUUGGUCAUGCUAGACAAUUUAAAAAAGCAAGGUUUCUUCACGCCGCUUGAUCCUGAACCUGAGACUAAGAAGAAUAUUAGAUGUUUCGAAACUACAGUCAUGUUCAUAAUGUCUACCUUCCAAACUUAUAACACAGGCAUGGCUUAUAGUAUAUCAAAACCAUUCAAAAGAUCAGUUUACACAAACAAACUCUAUUUCUUCCUACUCAUUAUCCUAUUUAUUGUGUGCUCCUACACCAUUCUAUUCCCUGAUGUCAACUUGAGAUGGUUCUUGUAUUUGAAGAGCGUUCCAUUCUAUUACCGAGUCACAAUUUUCGGUUGUGUACUUUUCCAUAUGUUGUUGAGCUACUUGUUUGAGAGAUUUUUCAUUCUAGGUCCUGGAGUGAGAUGGCUACGAAUGAUUUCAAUCCGACCAAUUAUUACAUUUGUCAAUCGUCUGAGAGGUAACAACAAGCCAAUAUCCAGGAAAAAGAGACUCUAUGGCAAGUUAAAAGAGACUAUACGAAAGCCUGCCAUGUCCAACCUCAAUACAUCCCAACUCAUGGAACAUGAAGCAAUCAAGAAAACCUCUAGCUUGAUUUUCCAAGAUUCUCCAAACGUAGAAUUGGUAUAA